AUGCCCAAGAAGAUUCAAAAAUUCUUUCACCAUUGCCUCUCCAAGCUCAAAAACUCUCGUCCCCAGAUCCACCCUGCUGCUUCUUCUUCUUCAUCUCCGAUCAUGCGGAUCCUCUCGGGUUGCAAGCAACCCAAAACCCCUUCGUUUGCCGUCUCCAGAGGAAACGACAACGACGCAGCUAGGCUAUCAGAUGUUGAUCGUUUCCUCUUUGAGAAUUUCAAAUCUCUGUUCCUAGACGACAACGAAAAUACUCCUGAGAAUUAUAACAACAUCUCUACCAAUGAUGGAGUUUCUGAAGAAAAUCGCGGAGGUCCGAUAACAGGACCCCCUCCGCUCCGCCCGAUGUCGCCAGAUCUUCUCGGUGACGUCACUGAGUCUUCGGGUUCUCGGGAGAGCAUCGUCCUAUUGGCGUGGUCGGAGAACCAGUAUGAGGAUUUCCGGCGAUCAAUGAAAGAAAUGGUGGAUUCAAGGUUGAGGAAUCACGAAAGGGUGGAUUGGGGAUUCAUGGAGGAGCUCUUGCUUUGUUACUUGAACCUAAACGAGAAGAAGUCGCACAAGUUUAUACUGAGUGCUUACGUGGAUUUGGUCCACGUUUUGCGGGAAAGCUCGUCGGAAAAAGCUCCGGCAACGGCGAAGCCCAGGAGUGUUCGGACAAUUAGGACCGGAAGGGAGAUCGGGAGAAGCAGAGUUGCAAUCCGGGCAAUAGAGAAGCUGGACUGAAUCAAGAAGAAUUUUAUUAGGAUAUUUUUUUUUUCCUUUUUCCUUUUUCGUUUUUUUUUUUCACUUUCUAAAAUCUUCAGGGCUCAAGCAUCAGUCAAGCAUGCAAUAGCCAAUAAGAAGCAAGAAGCAAUCAAUCCUCUUCACCCUUCGGAGUCA